UCAAAGCAGUGUUUGUGAGACCCCUCACUGUUGCAAGUGCUCAGUCAUUCUAGCAAUGCAGAAGUCUAGUAUGUACGUGAACCCCUUGGCGCUCAUAUUCUCCGCUGCGCGCAGCUCCUUCACAGUGGAAAACUGAUAUACAGACCUACACUUUUUUAAAGUAGGAAACUUUAUAAAGCUAUCUGGGAAGGCUACAUACUAAAAGCAUUGGAUGUCAAAUUUGACAAAUUUAACCAUAAAGAUGUGUUCCUUUGCGGAUUGCCUCUCUAGGUGGCUAGUUGCGGUUUUGAUGCUCUUGGUCAUACUUUUACCAGCUCAAGCGGGAAAGUGCCCAAAGUUCUGCAUCUGCGACAACUCCCAACUCACCAUGGCCUGUAUCGGCAAGAAUCUGACUCAGGUUCCCCCCACGAUAGAUGAGAUUACAGUGAAACUGGACCUGAGUAAAAACGAUAUCCAGGUGCUGCCGACCCAUGCGUUCCUGCACAUCCCGCACCUCACGCACCUCACCCUGCAGCGGUGUAACAUCAGGGCGGUGCGUGAGGGGGCCUUCCGCACCCUGGGGCGCCUGGUCUCCCUCAACCUGGCCAACAACAACAUCGAGAUCCUUUACCAGGAGUCUUUUGACGGCCUGUCAUCCCUAAAGCAGCUGACGUUGGACCAUAACCGUGUUGAGGAGAUCCAGCCAGGGGCCUUCACUCAGCUGGGCUUCCUCAACAUGCUGUCCCUCACACAUAACCAGCUGGUGUACAUCCCCAACAUGGCCUUCCGGGGCCUGCACAACAUCAAGUGGCUGCGUCUCAGUCGCAACUCCCUCAACAACCUGGCCAUGGAGGCCUUCGCUGGCCUCUUCACCCUCACACGCCUCAGCCUCGACCACAAUGAGCUGCAGUUCUUCCCCACACAGACUAUGACCCGACUGGCUCAAGUCACCCGCCUGGACCUGAGCUACAACCUCAUGACCUACCUGGGUGAGGAUACUGUCUCCAUGCCGAAGCUCACCCACCUCUACCUGGACCACAUGUCUCUCCAGGACCUCUCAGACACAGCCAUGUCCCAGGCCCCCCUUCUCUCCCACCUGGACCUCAGCCACAACCAGCUGCGCUACCUGGAGCCCCUCUCUGGCCCCAUGGAGCUAGCACGCCUCAACCUAACAGGAAACCCCAUCCACUGCAACUGCUAUCUGAGGCCCCUGAAGGAGUGGGCCAAGAAAGGGAAGGUGAAGUUGAUGGGGGUCUGCGCGGGUCCCCCUCACCUCUCUGACGAGCCUCUGGAGGCAGUGGGGCCUAUGGAGCUGCGCUGCCGGAGCAGGGAGGACAUGAUAAAGGAGGAGUUUGAAGAGCAGGAAGAGAGCAGGGAGCGUGCACUGCCCACAGCCAAGCCUAAGAAGAAGAGCAAGUGUCCAGAUAACUGUGACUGCGAUGUGAAGGCUCAGCACGCCACAUGUGAGAACCGUGGUCACACCAAAGUCCCCUACGGCUUCCCCUCUAAUACCCAGCUCCUGGACCUGCGCAGCAACCACUUCCAUUACGUCCCUAGCAACAGUUUCCCCGGCACAGACCAGGUGGUCUCUCUGCAUCUGGAGCACUGCAAGGUCCGUGAGAUCGAAGGCAGUGCCUUCCGGGGCAUGAAGGGACUGGUGUACCUCUACCUGUCUGACAAUGACCUCACCUCCCUGGGCUCAGGGACUUUCACUGGGGCUCCUGAGCUCACCUACCUCCACCUGGAAGGGAACCAGCUGGCCAUGUUCCCUGGAGCUGCCCUGGCCCCCCUGCCCAGCCUGCUUGUGCUCCACCUGGAGCGGAACACUAUCGGUAAGCUGGAGCGGACAGGCCAGCUCUCCUCAGUCCCCAAGCUGAGAGGACUCUACCUGACCAAUAACACCAUAGCCACUAUAGCCCCCGGCGCUCUCAACUCCGCCCACCUAGAUACUCUUCACCUGGGGUCCAAUCAGCUUGCUGAGGUGCCUACCGACGGGCUGUCCAAGGUCUCCAGUUUGACCGAGCUCUACCUCUCUGGAAAUUCCAUUCGCUGGGUCGGACCAAAGGCGUUCCUUCCUGUGUCCAAGAGCCUGAAGCAGCUGUAUAUGGAUGACAUGGGUCUGGAGAAGAUGUCCAGAGACUCCCUGGCGGGGCUGGGCUCUGGGCUGACCACUCUGUCUCUGGGGGGGAACCAGCUGGAGGAGCUGCCUGACCUGAGCCCACUCACUGGGCUGGAGGUCAUCAACCUGGCCCACAACCCCCUGCUAUGUGAUUGCACCCUGCUGCCACUCCGCAGGUGGAUGGAGAAUGUGAGUCUGAAGAUGACAGCCACCUGUGGUCACCCUCCUGAGUUCCGGGGCCAAAGUGUAAAGGAUGUCCAUGUCUUUAAGAGCUGUCCAGGGGAGAGUGCUUCUCCUGGCAAGACCUUCAAAGGAUUCAAGGACACAAAAUCAAUAAAACCCAAACCCACUCUCCUCAAGGUGACCAUGGCAAAAGCCAAGCCAGGAAAGGCUAAACCCAUGCCAACCAAGCCCAAAGCCAAGCCUCUGAAGAACCCUAAGGCACCAGCAUCACAAAAAAACAAGACUGUAAUAAAAAGUAGGAAAUCAGUGAUGUAAAUGGCUGUAAGUCUACUGCUUGGACAGAACUCUAUAUGCACCAAACGGACAAGUGCUAUUUCAUCUUACCUCACUGAAUGUAAUUUGAGCAUGCAGAAAUGUGUUUUUUAAAUGUUAUUUUUGAGUCUGCAAGUUCAUUUUCUGAUUGAUUUUCAGUCUAUUUUAGAAUCUUAUGAAGUCCGGGUUUCGGAAGAGUUGGGAUUCAAGAGACUCAAAGCCCUAUUUGCAGUACCAUAUAUAUCCACCAAGUGUCACGUGACACAAUAACAUUUUUCUGCUCUAGUUCGACCAACUUUUCUAUUACACAUACAAUGUUAUGUUUCAUAUAUAUUUCAUAUAUACCCUUUGUGCAAAUGAAGAACAAGGCUGAAUAUAUGUAACAUAAGGUUGCUUCAUUUUCAGCUGUUACAUAACCCUUAGAUGCAUGUAAAUCAAUGCACAAUGGCUUCUUGCUCAUUAAAUCUCCUACAACACUAAA